UUCAUCAGUUGUUUUUUGGAAGGGGAGGAGGUGGUUGCAACAGUAUGGCCAGCGGGAGCAGGGCAGGGGGUGCGGUUGGUGGAGAAGGAAGCCGGAAGCAAACAGAAAGAGGAGGGGGUAAAGGGAAGGACAUUGCGAGCUCAAGCGCACCUUUGUCGGGUGUGGUUGACAAAGUCCCGACGCCAGCUACGGACCCAUCCUUGUUCGUCCCACAGCCGGAGGAAAGGCAAAGGAAGCUGCAGGGCGAGAAGGAGGUGUGGAAGCAUGUGGAGCAAGGUCAGGAGGCUGCGCCGAAGGGGCGGGGAGACUUCACAACAUUUCAGCGGGGGGGGGGUGCUAUCACCGAAGACGACAAGAGUGUGGUUGUACCACGCGGUUACGAGGGGCCACAACCGUCAAUUGCUGCUGGGAGGGAGCCAGUGGAGGAGGUGGUGCACCGAGGAAAAGAAACUGCAGCGGUAGAGGCGGUGGGAGAAGAUGGUGAUUUCACCGAAAGGGUGGCUUCAUUGCAGCAAACGACCAUCAAGAGAUGGGUCGACAACGCAACGCAGAAGAAGUUGGACGUUGCGUGGGCGGAGGCAAUGUUCAGAGUCGGAAUUGCAUUCCAGUUCCUGGAGUUCGACACCACCCGACAGCUGCACGACGUGUAUCUCGAGGUGGCGAAUGCCAGACCGAAGGUGAAGUUGUCGUCUUCGAUGCACAUUCAGACUGUCAUGCUCGAGUUCAUUUUCAUGCACAUUCAAAAGCAAGUGGAGCCUUUGACAAAAUGUUGGGAUGUCACCGACUGCACUUUCAUCACAGACGGGUCUAAUGAUCGGAGGGAGCGGCCUGUCAUGAACUUUUUAGCGGUGGGGGAGCAGGGAGCUGUUUUAGUGACGACGGUGCACAUGGACGGCAAGAAGAAGACGGGAGCAGCGUUGGCGAAACUUUGGGAGAAAAUAAUGAGGGAGAUCGGGCUGCAUCGCAUCAAUGCGAUUUGCACUAACAAUGCGGAGGUGAACAAGAGAGCAGCUCAAAUUUUGGAACGACGCAUGGACCCUGCGGUUUCAAGGAUACCUUGGGUUCCCUGCGCUGCACAUUGCUGCAGCUUGCUGCUAAGGGACAUCAACAAGUUGGACUGGGUGAAGGGCACGAUGAAGCGGGGCCACACCAUCGUCAAGUUUAUCAGGAAUCACCACACGACUAACAGUUUCAUGAUGAGUUUGGACUCAUCAUUAAUGUUAUUGCGACCGGUUGAGGUCCGUUUCGGGUCGGUGUACACUGUACCGGAGGCUGGAGCGGAUACACAACCGGAGGGCAAUUUUGAAGGAUAUGGUGGACGCAAGGAAUGUGGGGAAAUGGAAGGCGAUGUGGUGGUUAAGCGCGAAGCUGCAAGCGAAAGCGGAUCUCGUGUACUUCACAAUGCGGAGGGGUGCUUGGUGGACGGAGCGGUGGAGAUGAUGGAGUCGUUGUAUCUCCUACUGCGGAGGAUGGACAAGGACGGGACUGCACCGUCAAACCUUGUGGAGUACGACCUACUCAUGGAGAGGAUGCUGGCGGAGGUUGUGCUCACACCGGAGCAACGAAGUUCUGUGCUAGAGAAGGUGAGGAACCGCACGAAGAUGAUGCAGCAACCGGUGCACACGCUGGCUUUUUUUCUCGACCCGCGGAGGAGAGACCCGAAGUGGUUGCUGGACCGGAAUAGCGCACUUGUGCAGAACACGCUGCGUUAUUUGCAGAGGCAAAUUGGCGGACCUUGGAGGUCCAAGGCGCACGUGGAUAUAUUGAGCGACCUCCGCGAGUUUCACAAGCGACCCACCGCGUACAACCUCAAGCAGAAGGACACGAAGAUGUGGGAUGAGGAUGCGGUCACAGAUGCUGAUUGCAUCUCGCCGUCGGAGUGGUGCGCAACACAUGGUGGCGAUGUGUCGACGUUGCAGGCCAUUGCUAUCAAAGUGAUGGGCAUGUGGAGCACUGCAACUCCGGCGGAGCGUAAUUGGUCCUCGAUGGACUUGGUGCACUCCAAGCGAUGGAAUUGGUUGAACCCCACGGCCGUGGAGAAGCUUGUGUACAUUCAUUGGAAUAUGAAUCUGUUGCGGGCGAGCAAGAACUUAAAGGACCAUCACUACGUCGACUUGUGGGCGGAGUUCUUCGAGUCGCUUCCUGAUUCGGAGGAGGGCGAUGAUCCUCUUUUGGAGGAGCCCGAGGAGGAGAAGGGGAAAAUGGAGGAGGAACAGGCGCGGGAACGGGCCUUAACCAAGUUACCAAAGGGCUGGAUUCCGAAGAACCUCGAAGAAGAUGAAGAGGAGCACACGGACGACAGCGACUUGGGCGACGAGAUAUGGAAGGGAAAGGCUCCAUGGUCUGAAACGUCUAGUGAAGGGGAGGCAGAAGACUCGUCCAACAAUAUUUUGGGUUGGGAGUGCGACCGUCAAUUCCGGGCACCACAUAUGUUGGGAGGCCAACAAUGCAGCGCCAUCGAGAACGCCCGCCCACAACGCCACCUCAACGGACGGCGAAUACAAGUGCACAGUACGACAUCCAAUCCGAUGUUGAGCUACCGCAGACGGACACCGACAUUGACACUGAUUUUGACAUGGAUCUCGCCAUCCAAUCCGAUGUUGAGCUACCACAGACGAACACAUGGUGACAUUGACAUGGAUCUCGGCGAAUACAAGUGCACAGUACAACAUCCAAUUGACGCGGAUGAGGCGGAGGCCAAUUGUGCGAAGGCAAUCGCUGAUGCGGAUCGCGAACAAGUGCAAAGGAGAAUGAGAGAGGAGGAGAAGCAGCGACCAGCUAUACCAACCCGUAGAGAAAUGGAGAAACAAAACAAGAAGGUUGGAGAGCAUGAACCGGAGCCUGUGCUGGAGAUGGGGCAGCAAGAGGAGGAGGAAGAGGAGGAGAUGGGCCAGCAAGACGAGGAGGAAGAACACGAGAUGGCCCACCAGGCGCAGAAAGAAGAAGAGAUGGAGGACGAAGAAGAAGAGGCUUGCAUGGAGCGGCGAGAGGAGGAGAUGGAACAAGACAAAGGGAAGGGCACGGACCAGCAAGAAGAGGGGUUGGAGGAACAACAUGCGGAACGAGUGGGAGAGAGCAAGGAGGAGCAGCAGCACAACGAGAUGGCGAACAGCGAGGAGGAGCCGCAACAGCAACAGCAUGCAUCGACGACCGUGUACAAGCGUCAAAAGAAAACAGCGCAGCCUGCCGGGUCACCGGAGAAUUCCCCUGAAUUCCCAGACAACGUAGAGGGAAGCCAACACGACAACCUGUGGGUCAGCAGGGUUGGGAGGAAGAGGAAGCUGCCCCCUGUCGACGAUGUGCCGAGGCCGAAACUUCCACGUGGCAGGCCUCGGAAGAACCCUACUGCCGGUCCGGCUACGAAGCCGAAAAAAAAAAAACAGCAGUGCAAGCCUCGCAAAAAGAUUGUCGAGGAUGACCCCGAUUCCGACAGCUGCAGCGAGCAGUUCUUCGAAGACGAGGGUUACACUGAUGACUGACAUUGGUGUGUGUGUGUGUGUGUGUGUGUGUGUGUGCGUGCGUGCGUGGGUUUUCGUG